UGCGUCUUUUCGGGGCACUGCUCUCUUAUCUGGUCCUGCAAGAGGAACUUCCACAAGUUGCCUCUGCUACAUCUCAGCUUGCGGCUCUGCUCAGCUAUAGAGUCCCGCCCACAUGAGCGCCGUGGCUCUCCCGCACAUGCCUUCGAGCUCCACCAAGAAGGCACCCUAUAGCUACAAACCCGCCCCGGCCUCGACCGUCUCUUCGUCGUCAUCGUCAUCGUCCAAUUCCUUCACUCGCGCACCGCUUGGAGUCGAAAUCGUUCCGCUACACAAUGCCGAAUCGCUCGUCAACGGCUACCCGGCCCUGUCCAAGGUCGAGAUCGAGGGCUUUGUGAAGAUCCAGAACAACACCUCCGAGAUCGUCUCCAUCCACCACGUCGACAUUCGCUUCGAUGCCUGGACCUUUGCUCAGUUUGGCCACGAGGGCAAGCUGUCGCAGGACUUCCAGUACCAUAUUCCGCUCCUAACCGACAUCCAGAUUCUGGUCUCGCCUGCCUCCAACGACAUCCUCGAGCUCAAGCCUCAGACCGUCUCGUCCUUUCCCUUCUCCUUCAAGAUCGACGCCGACGUUGCCGCCUCGCUCAAGCCCUCGACCGAGUUCUACCGACCCUCGGGCGUCUCUGCCGCCGUGCGCUACAAACUCACCGCCACCAUCCGCGACCAGAGCCCGAACCCGACCAUCAAGCCCUUUGUCUUUCGUUUCCCGUUCUUUGACCGCUCGGCGAUUGCCCAGGUCGCCCGCGGCGAUAAGCAGCGCAUGAAGCUUGUCACCAAGGACGGCGUCCUCGUCUCCAUCUCGCACCCGAGCUUCCUCAUCCCCGGCGGUGAUUUCAGCGUCGACUGCAUCAUCAGCACCCCGCCGACCUUCUCAAAGUCCUCCCUCGAGUACCUCAAGGUCGAUAUUAUCGAGCAUGUCCAGAUGGAGGUCGAGGGCUCCUCUCGCUCGCGGUCCGAUGUUGUCAUGUCGAAGCUGCUUCCGCUGACCCAAGUGGGCAUGUCCGAGCUCGGUGUCAAUGACCACGUCCCCGCGCCUCAAUGGCCGCAACGCUAUCCCAACGGAAUCAAUCCGACCGGCUCCUCCGAGUUGCUCGACGUUACCCACAACAUUGCUGUCACACUGAUUCUCAAAAACAACAACUAUAGAAGCCUCUACGAGGCACCUCUAUUGGUCAUCGGUGCCACGCCGGCCCUCAUCAAGCGGCUCUUCCGUGAGGCUCCCACUCUCGUCUCCAAGAGUCCCGAGCAGGACUUUGGAAUGGUCAGCCAAGUCUGUCUUCUUGACGGCGUCGAGGUCAUUCCCGACGCUGCUCCACACACCCUCUCCUUCAACAACAGAGAUACAUCGCUCUCGCUGCUCGAGGAGCUGCUCAGCGCAACCUUCAUCCAGGAGCCCGACACCAGCUGCGCUUACGAGCUGCAUCCCGCCGCCAAUGUCGCCCAGGAACCGUCACGCAGCCCGAACGGCGUUGGCUCCAGCAGCCGGCUGGACGAAGAUGGCGCUGCAUCGCUGCCCGCCACCCUCAGGCGCUCAGACCGCGAUUCGUCCAAGGGCUCGGAUCGCGACUCGGCUCUCUCAGCCUUUGCCGAUACCUUCCCGAACCGCUCCCUGACCAAUCGCCGCACCAUGACCUCGAUCAACUCAUCGCUGCGACAGUCUUUCACCAGCCCAUACCUGCGCGACGCCUCGACGGCCUCGCCCAGCCUCAAGACCCCUCGACUCGAGCUCUCGUCGCUCAACCACAGGCUCUCCAUACCCGACUUUUCCAACAACGUCGACGUGCAGUUCGACGAGGACAACCUCAAGCCUGUUGCCGACGGCGCCAAGGCCAUCAAGGUCGAGCUGCCGCACAUCGACACCUCCAAUCUGUUGGACGAGAACUUUAGGCUCUCGACCAUCCUGGCUGCGGACAGCAAGCCCGUCUCCCCGCCUCUGCCCGAGUCGCAAAACCAGACCCCGGCUCUGGCUCAGCAGAUAGCCGACCCCCAGGACCCUCGCGACGAACAUCACUCGCUGUCGUGCACGCAAGAUCCCUCGACCGACAAUUUCGCCGAGCCUGCUCUGUCUGAGCCGGUCUCCAGCACCGCUGCUGCCACUGGCACCGCUACCGCCCCUGCUACCACCGUUGCUGCGCCUGCUUCUGCCACCCAGGCCGCCCCAAGAUCCGCCGAAGCAUCUGGCAGUCUGCUGGGCGCCACCGCCGUUACGGCGAGCCCAAGCGACCCGCCGGUAUCCGCCGAGCAGAGCUCGGCCGACAGCGAGUUUCCCCAACGGACGUAUUCUCGGCAGGCGCAUCGCGACGACAUUCCGCCGCCCCUCCCCCACUCUGCUGCUGCCCACCUCGGACAGAGCUUCCCCGAGCGCACCCUUUCGAUUUCGAACAACAUUGGCGGUGUCGCUAGCUCUGGACACGCCCAAAUUAUGGGCGCUGGAAAGGAUCCCAAGGCUCCUGCUGACCCGUCCCUGUCGUCAGCGCUUUCUUCGGCCUCGGCCUCAGCAGGGCCCGGUUCUGCGGGGCCGGUUCCAGUCAUGAAGAUGUACUCGUCUCCACAUGUUCCACCCGUGCCCACGCACUUGAUUCGCUCUUUCGGGGCGCUCUCGACGCAUCGCCAGUUCAUGGACCCGGCGUCAGGCGGCAGCAAUCCCGAUGCCCUCAAACGAACCGUGGGAGCCUCGGAAUCGGGCCAGCCGCAGAUGCAACCUAUGAUUCCCGCGCUGGUGCGCCAUCCCGUGCCUCAUGGCACCGCCCACGUUUCACCCGAGAACCUGGCCAAUCUGGAACGCGCAUUUGUGAUUUUCUCGUUCUUCCCCAUGCGCCCGGAUGAACUGGAGCUCCGUUCGAGCGACACUGUUGUUAUCAGAAUGACCUUCACUGAUGGCUGGGGCGAAGGUACCAACCUCAACACGGGAAGAUCUGGCAUCUUCCCACUCAAUGCCGUGCGUCUCUUUGCCCCUGGCACAGCCGGUACCGCAGCAGCCAACCCGUACGGAGGCUUCCCCAUCGCGCAGCAAUCCCAUCAUCUGGGCGCGGGUGCGGGUAUCCAUCAUCCUCCGCGAGUCACCCCAAUCCAAACCGAUGUGCUCAGCUCGCGUGCCGCUGCCUCAGAACUGGGCUCCAUAGUCAGCUCGGCAUCCUCCAAAGACCAUCGCGCCGUGCGCUCGACGACGCCGCCAGCGUCGCCUGGCCGGCAAGGUGCAUUCCUGUCGUCCCCGUCGCAUGUCGAUCCCAGCAUCCCGGCGCGCCAGGUGCCUCUUCAGAACGACAUCCUCAUCCGCCGCGCCGAAACUCCGGACCCGUUCGCCUCGGGGCGGAUCGAUUUCAACGGCUCCCAGGCGAAUCCGCCCCGAAAAGAGUCCAUGAUCCCUGCCCAUCCUGGUGCAGGCCCCACAGAUCAGCGGACCAACAUGUCGGCCUCUAUCGGUCACAUUCACUCGCUCGGACACGCACUGCACCGCGGACCGUCACCCGUUCCGUCGUCCACACAGGGGCUAUAUUCCAGUAUCACCCCGCAGCGGACCAACUCGAUGAAGAAGCGCCAUCAGGGCGACGUUCUCCUUCAGUCUGGCCAUGUCCCUGACAUGCCUGCGGUGCAUACCGGUGCCUCGUCGUCUGUGUCUUCAUCCUCAUCCCUGGCCAUCCCCGAGGACGAACUCGAUCGCCGUCUGGAGAACGGCUCGAUUUCAAUCCAGGACUACCUCAAAAUCAAGAGGGGUGGCCGAGCUUGAAACGCUCCUGGCCG